GUUAAAAAUUAAACAUUAAACAGAAGGUCGCCUUGUCUCGACAGGUAACCGGCAAUGAUACUCCUUUGCAGUAUUCUUCGGCCGAUGUUGUUUGCCUACAAAUUCAAACCGUGAGCCAAUGAUCAUCACCCAUUCCCGGCGGGAGGCAGUCUUAUGUGCCUGUGUAAAGUUGGUGGAACCGGUUUUGCGGCUUUCGCUCAGCCAAUGCCGGCUGCCGUGGGCUGGGUUUGUUCGAGUUUAAAAUGCCAGAUAAAAAAAAGUCAUGAUCUCAGAGAACUGGUAACGCGCGACACUGUGCUGAGCGUAGGGUUCAGAGUUAGCAUGGCAUUGUCUCAGUGCCUCGACGAUUUUCCCAUCCCGGGCCCGACCCGGUGCAGGAAUAACCUGAGUCCCCAGGAAUUGUACAGCGAAGCGCACAGACUGGCUUUGGAAGAGCUGAUCUCUGGGGGCAAAGAGUCCUAUGUGGAAUUUUUAAAGAAAGAGAAGAUACCCAAUUUCCUUUCCAGCGAUGAAAUCAGACUGAUUAUGGACUCGGCUGUGCACCCUAAAAACGUCUCUCUGAGCGGAGAGGAUGCGGGCAUGGAGCAGUCCGUGAGCAGCUCGAUGGACUGCUCCUCUGUCACCUACUUUCCCGAGGUCUCGGACGUAGAGCCGCCGCUCUUGGAAAUAGGCUGGCCGGCCUUCACCGCCGGCUCAUUCCGGGGAGUCACUCGGGCUGUAGCUCACUUUCAGCCCAGCUAUGGUGAAUGCAUCUAUAGUUGCAAGGAGGCUGCUAGGCGAAUGAUAAGAAGCGCAAAAGAGGUCAUUGCCUUAGUAACAGACUCUUUCACGGAUGUGGACAUAUUCAGAGACAUCCAGGAGGCCUGCAUCAAGCGUCAGGUUCCCGUCUACAUCCUGUUGGAUCAGUCCUGUGUGUUUUCCUUCCUGCAGAUGUGCAAGAACUUGGACGUCCAGCUGGAGGAUCUCCAACAUAUGAGGGUACGAACCAUCACUGGAGCUACGUUCUAUAUGCGGUCUGGUGCAAAGAUUGUUGGAAAAGUUCAUGAGAGGUUCAUGUUGAUUGAUGGAAACAGGGUGGCAACAGGUUCAUACAGGUUUGAUUGGACGGAUGGGAAGCUUAACAGCAGCAACUUGAUCGAACUGUCAGGCCAGAUCUCCGAGAGCUUUGACGAAGAGUUCCGGGUCCUCUACGCCGAGUCUAAACCCAUCAGUCCCAAGCUUGCCCCCAGUCGCAGGAGCAGUGGGAUCUAUGACCACGUCCUUCUCAAGGUACCUCCUGCUCAGGAGCCUCCUAGGACCAGCCAGUUUUCCAGCACACCAAGCAAAGCUCCAGUAGUGUCUGUGCUGCCUGGAGAUGAUGAAGAUGAUGCUGGAGAGCUGUCCCCCCAAGGCAGCAGAGUGUCAGAAAUGUCCACCAUUGGAGAUGACUGGAUGGAGGAAAACCACAUGGAGGAUGUUAUUGCUGCUGCGAAUGCUCUGACAGGUGUAGAUGUUGCUGUGCCUUCUUCUGCCAAGGUGGCAGCAGCUGGAGAACCUUGUGUCCCUGUGACCUGCCAUGCCUCCACACAAACCUUCAUUCCUGUGGUGGAAAGCAGCAUGCAGACUGAUCUAGCCAAUCAGGAAGAAGCACCUACUUUCUCAGCUUGUGCCACCCAAACGGAUAGCAAGGGCUCAUUUUCCUCUGGAUCUGGUUCCCAGCCUUCCGCUCCUCCCAGGGAGCAACCCAAGGGCUACAGACGGUCCCCUGUCAAACACUCGCCUCCGUCCCCUGACGGCUCUCUGCGAGACUGCUUCAACAAACUGACCAAGGAGCGGCAGUACCACUACUCCACUAUCCGCUCCAAGCUGGACCACAUGGUAGCUCUCUUGUCCCAGCGGAGGGAGCUGGUGGACCUCACCAACCUGGCCUUGAACCCUGGCGCCUACAAGCUCAGGAAGACACAGGAGCAGUGCGGCCGCCACCAGCUGGUACUGAGGGAGACGGUCCGCUUGGGUCCCUUAUCACGAUCGAGGUGCUUCAAAUAAAUGGAAAAGACUGACUGUACUUGAGCAACAACACUACUGACAGAUUUGUGGAAGGGUAUGAGAGCUAUCAAAGAGUAUGUGUUCAUACUAAAUUACAAAUAUUGGGACACAGAUGUAAAGGACUCAUCUUUUCUCACUUGGGAGUAAUGUUGUAUCUGAGUUAUGUUGAAUUGCAGACAUUAAACCUAAAAAACAGACCACCCCCCACUGCAUUGUGUUCAGUCAAUUUAGGAGUGUGUCAUCUACAAUGUUUACAAGUGCUGUACUUGCCUUGUAACACUGAAAACUAAGAAUGUUUUGCAACUGCCAAAAAAUUUGCUCCAACACUUACAGAGUGUCUACUUUUCCUUUUAACUCUAAUUACAAGAUAAGAAAACCACUUGCAGUGGUAGUGUUUCAGGUUGGACUUUUUUAGUAUUCUUCAAUACUACUCACAAUGGUUGUAUAUGGUUAUAAGAGUUUAUAACUAUCGCGUGUCAUGGGCUGUAUGUAUUUGGUGGUGAGAACCUAAAAAUAAUUGUCUGUGUGUUGAAUCUGCAGGUCUUAUGACGGUUUCAGUCACAUCUUCUCGCCUGUUUCCUCCAGGAAUAUCAAUGAUAAUUGUACUGUUUAAGGAAUAACAAUAGGCCAAAUGGGUAAUGAGUAAUUGGGCUCAAAAUGAAUUGACAAAGAUGAUGAAACAAAGCCCAUAACUGAACUGUAAAAGGAUUUUAAAUCGGGGCUGAGACAAAUACCCAAGUGUAUACAGCUUCUAUUUUUAUAUAAAAAACCCAAUAUAUUCACAGUGUCAGACAGCACAAUUGUAGUGAACAAUACACUAUACAACACUGCUUUCAUUUGUUAUAUUAGGUGCUUGAAAUUAAUGUUCACUACUUUUAACUUUACUUCCCUCUUUGUUUUCGGAUAUAUGUAUGUGUAGUAGGUAUUUUUUACGUGUAAUGGAAUUAUAGUCUGCAGGGACAUGGAUUUUUGGUGUGAUCUCAUUAAAUAAAUGUAAUUGUGUUUCUUCUGAAUA